AUGGUGGAGGGAUUUUUAUGCUUUUUUUUUAAUUUUUUAUUAAGUUUAUUCAAUUUUUUUAAUUUUUAUUUUAAAAAAUUUAUUCCUUCCCUCUACUGCAUCACAGGAAAACCUAAACCUGGUCAAAUGCUUCUCUCUUUCGACUGGUUUUAUGGACGACGCCCUCUUUGCCUCUUUCAUAUCUUCUCUACAGAUUCCAAUAUUAUCCAUCUAAAGCAGCUUAAACCUGAAAAUUCUGGAUUUUAUGUGGCUAUGGGCAAAUUGUCGAAUGGCAAAUUGGUCAAAAGCAGAGCUUUGUAUUUGGUUAUAAGACCAAAUGGACAUUCCGGCGAGGAAUUCAACUAUGCUUGGUCUUUAGCCCGUGGUGGAUCGCUCAUUAGAGAUUUGGGCAAACAAAGCCAAUUACAAAUAAAAAGUGCCGAUCCAAGCAAUGAUUACGGUAUUUACCGUUGUGAGGUGGAAAGUGAGGACGGAGAGGCGUUGGGGCAGGCACAGACUGCUGUAGCUGUUGGUUUUGAAUCUGAUGAGAACGCAGUCGAGUCCAAAUUUGACGAGGAUUCAGAAGCCAUAUUUACCUGCCCUGUGUUUGUAGUCCCCGGUGCGACGGUUCAAUGGAGUCGGGAAAGUGGAGAUUCUUUGCCUUCAGGAGCUCAUCAGGAAGCUGAUAAAUUGGUUAUCGAUAAAUUCGACGAUUCCAUGGCCGGAAUUUACCGUUGCACAGUUCAAUAUGGACAGAAUACAGUAAAUGGAUAUUUGAAUGCCAAAAUAUUUGUUCCCGAAACAAUACUUAAAGUUAUUUUGAAUGUAUCAGACGAAUCGGUUACUAUAGGUUCUCGUGCAUGGCUAGAUUGUUCGGUUACUGGCAAUCGCUUAUUGUUCACUUCCAUCUCUUCCGAAAACACCGGAAAAUAUCGUUGUCGGGCACACACGUCAGAAGGAAUAUUAGAAACCUCAGCUCUCUUAAACGUUGAAAAUGAUGAGGAAACUGAAGCAGAAAAACGGCGGAGAAAGCAUUUACAUAGACCCAAAAUAACUAAAAGACCUCCAGAACAACCUAAAGGCGUUGAAUAUACUUUAGCUGAAAAUAAUGAAGAAGGGAAACAACAUAAUUUACAUACCGAAGUGGUUGAACUUGGACGGCCAGCCCCCACCUACCCAUCUAGACGUCGCCGUCUACGUAGACUAAGGCAUCAAAGGAGGCGUGCUCUCGUUAAAAAAGGAGAUGUUGGAGUGGUUAUAUUAAAUGCCUCUAAGGAUAAGAAAAAUGUGCAAAAACAGAAAGUUAGAGGAGCUAAUUUGAGGCGCAGGGCUGAGAGAUAUCACAGAGCCGGACGUUCACACAAUAACCAUGCAAAGCAUUACCAUAAUUAUGAAAUUAGACACGAUCUACCGCCUGUUUCUGGGCGACAUAGCACUUUUGGUUCUUGGUUUUGGUCUUGA